CUCUUGAGGGGGGAAAAAGCGCAAUUCACCUUUCCUCUCUCUCUCUCCUUGCGCUAAAGAGUCAUCAUAUCAAAAGAGCGUUUCUCUUUUUGUUUUUGCAACCACGAUAAGAUAAUCGAGUUACAAAGCAUCAUGGAGACUGGCGAAAAGUCCCCCCUGCUCCCGAAUACACGGCGAGUGCAGGAAAGGGAAAAUAUCUAUAUGCCUCAUCACCGACGCCCUCCCCCUCGUGAGCGGGGGUGUUUCAGCACCUGGGUUGGAAAGGCCGUCUUUGCAUUUUUCUGCUUUGUGGUCGCUCUCUGUUUUUAUUUUCCCUGGGGAAAAUUGCAUAGAGUACCACCAAUUCUAUACACGCACAAGAUCGGUGUGAUAGGUGCUGGGCCGGCGGGCUUAUCGGCAGCGUACUAUGUCUACCGGUAUGCCCAGGAACGCGGUAUCCCCGUUGAGGUAAAGAUAUAUGAGAAGGCCCGAGUGGGCGGACGAGCGGCGGGGGUCGUCGAGAUCGGCGGGGUAGCGUAUGACAUUGAAGAUGUGGGCUUCCAUACUGUUGACCGGACGAUGGUGGAUCUUAUGCAGGAGUUGGGGGGAUGCGAUCUGGGGAUCUGGCAUGUGGAGACCGGAUUGGGAUUGAACCAUGGGAGGUUUAAAGUCUACGACGGCGAAUCCACAGUCUAUGCGCAGACACCACCCGGGAGCUCCUUGGCGUCCUGGUGGCACUCCUUCAAGCUCUAUCUAAGAUACGGUCGUUCCCCGCGCACUCUCAGCGAUCUCUACACAAGUGCCGUCAAGGCCUUCUCAAAGACAUACACCGAAGGCCCCAUCAUCGCCACGGAUUUCAACCCCAUCCAGGACCUCAUCCAGCGGCUCAACCUGGAAAUGGAAACGACAACCCCAGCGUCGGUAUACUUGCACCAGAAGCAUGUAUCGGAAUCCUUCUCCCGCGACCUCGUGAAUGCCUGGUCUCGCGCCGCCACGGGACAGAACCUGGGCAGUGUGAACGCAUUCACCGCGCUGCGGAGCUCAUACACGGGCACCAUCGAAACGCCUGUCGGCGAAGGGACCGGAGCGCUCUUCAAUUGCCUACUAGGAGCCUCCAGGGCGGAACACAUCCCUCAGGAAGUUACCCGUGUGCGUAGGAACGCGCUAAGCCUGGAAGGGGAGUGGAAAAUUACUUCCACCCCGCAAAUCCCCCUCAAGUCCGAGGCCGAGGUCGAGGACGAUGUGAAGUUGGGCACUGGCUUUGACCACGUAAUCCUCGCUGCACCAUUCUAUUUUUCGCAUGUACACUUCGAUGAGGAGCAGCUCGACGCUGUCCCGCACGUAAUGAAUUACACGACGCUGCACGCCACAUUCUUUACCAUCAACUCGAAGGAAAAGGUAGGUGGCUCUUGUGACAACAUUUUGACAACACUCCAGCCAGGACACUUUGAAAGGGGCCAGCUCAGGCCCAGCCCCGAGGACGGCGGAAGUGCAGGCGUCUACUCUAUACGCUUAUGGCGUAUGAUAGAGUUAGAUGGUGCAUUAGUAGACGUGUACAAAGCCCUCUCGCCAGCACAAAUAGACAAGGACGGCAUAAUGCACGUGUUGAACGCCGUGGGCUGUAAACACCCUGUUGAAAUCCUGGCGCAAGUCGAGAUCAAAAAUGCCUACCCAAUCCACCACCCCCGGACCGCAUUCUCCCACAUCAAGCUCAGUAAAGGCCUCUGGUACACAGGUGGUGGUGAGGAAGUAGGUAGUACCUUGGAAUUAAGCGUGCUAAUGGGAAAGAUGGUGGCUGGAGGGCUUGUGCGGGGGCUCAAGAACCAUGAACUCCCACCCAAAGCGCGACAAGAGGAGGGAGUAGAAGAGCUGGUAAUGGAGGGGGACUGGGAUAGGGACGACGACGAUGAAGGGAAACGUCCCGGAAGGCCAGAGAGACCAGAGAGACCGGGGAGACCGGAGAGACCAGGGAGACCAGGGAGGCCGGGGAGACCAGAACGCCCGCAGAGGCCGGAGAGACCCGAAUUCCUGUCCGGUGAUGACUUGUUGGAGCGCCCUGAAAACCCAAAGACAUUGGGGGGCGGGGUAGGGGAGGUGGAGGAGGGGGGUGGCGGAGACGGUGCUCCUCCCAAGAAACCGGGACACCCUGAUUGGCCCGAAAGACCCGGGCGGCCGGAACGUCCUGGGCGCCCCGAGAGGCCGGAGAGGCCGGGCAGACCUGGGGAUGAUCCAAAGCGUCUCAGUGACGGGGGAAGAGCGAGGAGGUUUUGAGAAUGAUAUUAUGAUUUGUUUGUUGGGUUGACGAAUUUUUUUUAUUUUAAUUUUUUCUUCCAAAACAGUGUCAUGAUUUCCUAUGUUAAGGAUUCAAAAUUGCUAGGUUAUUGAGGUUAUUGGCUGUUGGCUUAUGGGUUUUGGGAAUGGUUGAGGAUUUUAGGCUUGGUUUGGCUAAUUUUAUUGGUUUUACU